AAUGGAUGAUGUUCAACACAAUGUCCCUGCUAAACACUUUGAAAGUAUAACAGAAAAGACGAUGAUUACUCAUAGUUUCAUAUGUACUGAUGGAAAAACAGAUGCUAAAUCUUUUAUCUUUAAAUCCAUAGUUUUUACAACAAAUGAUUUAGGAGACAUAGAUAUGUUUAAAAUCACCUUAGAAAUUCCAGCUUCUGAAGUAUCAUCGAGAGUUGUGUCGCUCUAUUUUCUAGGUGUUAAAUUGAAUUGCCAAUAUUCAGUCCCUAAUCCUUAUGAAGCAUACUUAGAUACAACCAAAAACUCUUUCUCUGAUACAGAUAUUUAUCGUAUUAAAGCUACCAAACUUGAAUUCACAAAGUCAACAUUGAUGCGAUUAAGUUGUGAAACGCCUGGCUCUUUUACAUUCAGUCUUGAUGUUCCAAUUUAUUUUGCUCCAAAUAGUGAUCCAUGGCCUUCUGCAUCAGGUGAUCCACAUUUUAAGCAAAUUGUUUUAGAUUAUUCAGGUCCAACUACUAAAUCCAUAUGUUAUGAUGUUACUGGAUCACCUGGAGAUUAUUUAUAUAUUGCUGGCUUUAGUUUAAGUGGUAUUCAAAUUUAUGGACAGCUUAAGGAUGACUACUACAUUCAUAGGAUUUUUAUAAAAUCUGAUUCAAAUAAAAUAACUGUUUCAACAAAUUAUAUAACUCUUGACAAUGGAAAAUUAUUUAACUGGACUGGUAAUAUGCAAAAGACUAGCUUUAAAUCUAAACAUUUUCAAUAUCUGAUUACUGGAAAAUAUGUCUUUAUAACAUCUGAAGAACAUCCAGAAAACACAAUUAAAAUACAAAAGUCUCUACAUUCCUUAUCAGAAAUUCACUUAGAUGCAAGUUUUAAACUCUCACCAAGUGAUUAUAAAGAAAUGGAUGGACUUAUUGGUGAUAUUGGGAAAAAGAAUUACAAAUUUCACUCAGAAGUUCAAUUGGAUGGUAAUAUUGGAUCAAAGUUCAUUUCGAUUGACAUUGACGACAAUUUAAUGAAGGGAGAAAGGGUGGAGAGAAACAAGGAAGAAUGUUGGCUGAUUAAUGUGAAUGAUAUUUUAAAACCAUUUAAAAUAUCAAAGUAUCUAUACAAAAAUGUGGAUGCUUUUGAAAAAACCACCCAAAAUUUUAUGAAUCUACCAUAA